AUGGGCUCAAGAUCGUACAUGGAGAUGAAGCUGUUUCGUAAUCAAACAACCGAGUCGGUGCAUUCGUUUCAGACCGGUAGCCGCUUCACAUACGAUAGCGGUCAACACUACAUGGAGACACCCGAAGUGGCAAAAGUCGUCGAAUCUUGGUUAGAAGGAAGUCGAGACAAUCGAAGUUCAACGACUCAUCAAGAUUUGGAAAAAGAGCUUCUUGCUGAACUUGAAUCGACAAAGGAGACUUUCGGCGGUAUUUUCAAGUUCAACUUUCGUUCCAAAGAAGAUCUUGCGCAGAUUCCGAGAAAAUGUGCUGAAAGGAGCAAGACUUGUUUGAUUGGUGGCGUUUUCACGAUCCUCGUCGCUAUCGCGGUCAGUUUGUGGCUUUUCCUUGGACGGGCUCCUGAGAGAAUUCCACCACUGUUGCGAGCAGAGCCGAUCAAGAAACUCGAGCCCAACGAAAUGGCCACAAAUCUGCACUUGCUCGAUGAUGAGCUUGUCGUCACUUUCUAUGAUCACCGCCCCGGUUUUUUCCACACAAAAAGCUACGACUUGGAGUUGAGACUGCAAAACAAUCUCCUCAAUUUCAUCAUGCCAAAUCAUACAAUCGAAAUUCCAUGCAUAAAUCAGCGCCUCGCCGACACGCUCUCCUGCUGUAGUGUGCCGACUGAUGGAAAUAUCUGUCACCAGCGAUCCGGCGCUCGGUGGAGCCGCCUCAAAUUCCCGCUCUAUCAAGCGAAAUUCCUCAGCAGAGAUGGCAAGAUCUACUUGAUCGGGCAAAAUGCUAGCGACGCCGAACCAUUUCUUGUCACGCACAACGGGACAAUCGUUUCGAUUAACACGCAAAGGUGUGGAAACGGGAAAACGGUUCAGCACUUUGAAGUCGUCGAAGAUGGGAUCGCUAUCCUCUACAAUCAUCCAGCGACAAAAGAUGAGCCGACUCUGCUUUGGAUUGAUCCAUUCAAUCAAUUCGAUGCUCAUUGCGUGAAGAGAUCCGAGGAAUUCGGCACCAUCAAGGGUCUCUGGAUGGAUUCGGAUUUUGUUUGGUUCUAUCGAUGUCUGAAGAAUCGUUGUCUUAUCGAUGUGAGAUUGAGUAAAAAUAUGCGACCCAUCUACGAGUAUCAUUUGACGAAAAAGGAGUAUGAGAAAUACUUCAUUUGGAACAAUGACGAAUUUCUGGUGGGUCAGUCACAAAAAAACGCUCUUCUCUUGUACUCAUUCACGAAUAACGCAAAUGAUGGCUUUACUACGAUUUGGCGUGAAAUCUUUUACUUCAAUAUG